GUUUAUCCUAACAAUCACGUAGUCUCGGGUUGCUCGACCACGAUGUUGUAUGAUGUCCAACUUCCAUAGGAUGACGAUCACUUAAGUAGAAGUGUUCGUGAAAGAAAAAAUGUCGACUGCGACGAGAAUGCGAUGGCUCGGUGCCGCUUGCGUGCUUCCGCAUUCAAGCAUAACUGAUGCCAUCAUCGUCCGACACUCGAAGGCACCGAGCUCCGCAAUCCGAAGGAAACACAGAGAAGAUGUCGUGUCCGACCUCAAUGAGAAUAGCAUCGCACUAGGCCAGGGGAGAAGGCUGGCGCCGCAAGCACUACUGCAGGAACAACAAGAAAUUGCUGGAAAGCAAGCUGCCAGUUCCGUACAAGGCAAAGGUGCGCAGAGUCUUGUACGUGGUUUGACUAAGAAAGGGAAAAAGAACAAGACCAAGAGCACGAAAACCCCGUCUAGCAGUUCAAUUAGUAGUGUGACGUCCUCAGUACUAGGCACAUCAAGUGGUACUAGCGCGUCUGAAACUACAAGUCUAGGUAAAACGAAAAGCACUUCCUCUUCAACUAGCCAAAGCCUGGCGCAAACGGGGACACAAUCACCAUCUUCAGAGGGGUUGUCAACUUCUUCCACAAGGUUCCUCGAUUUCCAGUCUUUGCUAUUUGGUGCCACAAGAGACGAUGCGAAAACAAACGUUGAAGAAGAAUCAGAAGGAGGGAUACAUCUCUUCUCUAUUACGAUGAGUGCAGUACUGUAGUUAGCUAUGCUUAGGUGGAGACAUAAAGAGGCAUGUACCAAGACACCAGGCAAACUGAGUUAUUCUUUCUGGUACUAACACCUACAACGAUCCUUUUCUAAUCCGAGCGUUGACAACAAUAUCUGUCAUUGUGACCACUGCAGUGUCCGACAGAGGUUUCCGUCUGAGAUUAUGACAUUCGGCACGUCAUCCACAGUAACGGUCAAGUGCGGACCGAGGAAACAAUCGGCAGACCAAUGCGUGAAUCAAAAUGCGCUUUCUUAUGCAUGGGUCUCUUGUUGUUACUGAUUUUUAAGUAUCCACCUGCAUUUAUUAUCUUCCCGAGAUAGGAAUUUAGAGAUUCAUGAUAGCAUGGAAAGUAGAAUUUAAAGAUAUGCUUAAGGAAUAAGAAUCUAAGCAGGAGUGCAACGAACUUCUAAUAAUCAGUAUUACAAAGCGACGUUGGUGCGGCAUUGAAUUUUCAGCGGUUUUGUUUUUACGAGUGCCUUCCGUCGCAGGGACGAACGAGCCCGCUGCAGAGCGCUGUAAUUUAUUAUUCCAUACAGACCAUGUCCUACUCCUAAGAGGUUAUGAUCAAAUGAAACCAAUCAGAGUUUUCUCGGUAUUAUAUCUUAAUAUCACUAUCUAUCAUGGAGGUUUUUAUCUUCAACAAGAUGUUCUUGACAUUUAUUACUCUCAAUCAACAUGAUACAUAAGAGGACACUUUAUAUAUAAUGUAUGAACACCAGUGCGUCGCUCUUCAAGAUGACGAGGUAUGGAAGCUCCAGCCUGGAAAAGAUCCAGCAUUGCUCUCAAUGCCUAUGCUCUUAGAGGCCAAAACUGCAGGCGCAUCAGAGACGACAAGCGGAAUUUUGAUUUCUAAGGAACCAGGAAGAAAUCCAGUGGCAGAUGCGAAAGCUGCGAGUGAAUCGCUGUCAGCGGAGGCGAAGAAAACGCAUGAUGCAGCACACGGAAUAGCAGAAAAUUCAAAAGUAUUGAUGAUAUUUUCUGCACGUCGAUGUUCUUGAGUGCUGCGGCAAUAUGAUAGACUCUUUGAAAGUACUUGUACUGAAAUUAGUCGUACCCCAAUCUUUGUAAGGGAGUCUCGAAAGUACCAGAUUACACUACCUACACCUCUACUACUCGAAGCACACACCUUCACCCACUUCAGGCAACCAGUAACCCGGACAUAGACGAAGAAAAUGUGGAGGUUGCGAUGCAGAAGAUGGUUCAGGAGAGUGAGAAGAGUGCAACUUUAGCCACUGAAAGCGCAACUGCAGCAAGGGACGCACUAGAUCAGACUAGAGAGGAGGCACGAGCAGCCGCUGUAGCAGCGGGAAAGGAGGUCAUCGACUCCCUGGCGAAAGUUACGAUUAUUUGAGUCGUUAUUUUUGAGUAUUUUUCUGAAGAUGGUUUUUUAGGUCUUCUCGGAAAAUAAAGUGAUCUACAAGUGUACUAAAUGAUCCUGGGAGGACAACAUGAUCCACCGCUGCUACCGAUUGUUUCAGAUAUCAAAUGGUCCGCAAUGUAUGAAACCAAAUGAGAUCCUACCCUUCUUCUAAUUCCUAGGAAGCUGCGGCGGCACAGGCGGCUGCUGCUUAUGCUGAGAAGCAGGCGAACACACCGCAGGCGAAAGCAGCGGCAGCGAUGGAAAAAGCGGGAAAGCCGUUUUUCGAUCAAAUGAAGGGCGCGGAGGUUCGCGCACGUGACUACACAGUGGCAGCAGACGCUAAGAUUAAGGCUUCACCAUCGUUUCCUGCUCGUGUUUUAUACAGUAUAACCCGUGGUUAGGUCCCUCAUCGUCGUCCAUCCUAAAUGUGAAGGAGCGUCCUUUUGUUUAAAAAACAGUCUUUUUUUAGUGGGUUGUAUGGAUGCUGAAGGGGAUUGCUCUAAUGAAAGCGCAAAGGCAGCUGCGAUGGAGGCAGAGGCACGCGAAUUAGAGAAAAGAGCGAAUGCGGCAAAUAUAGCUGGAGAUCGGUACUGAAGAGUGAAUUUUUUUCGAUUCAACUUGAAACGCCAUUGUGCACUAUGGGGGCAUGUUAAAUAGGGGGGCCGCGGCUCUUCGUCUGAGGCAUAUCCCGAAGAAUUUGGCAGUAACCGCCCCCGCGCGACCCAGGGGCCGCCGCGGCGCUGCCGAUUAAGUACGGGGGCCGCCGCGACGCCGCUGAUUAAGUAACCGGCCCCGAAGUAAAUGGGCUACGGCCGUACCUGCUUCGGCCUUCGUGCGGGGCCGUGCUCCAUCUGCGGCACGCAUGCAGACAGGCCGGGCCUCCUCCCGGCAGUGCAAUGCAAGAGGCCACCCGUGCCGUAGGCAGCGCAGAGGGCUGGGCACACCCCGCCCACAGUCCGGCGCGCUUUUCUCUCGGUCGUCCCUGUUCGUUGCUGACCUUCGUGGGGGGAAGCGCGCGGGUGCUUGUGUUGAAAAUAGGCGGGGCCACGAUCCCGCUCUGCACCGGCUUGGGAAAAGUGGCAGGUGACGCAGCUGCAAAGGGGCGCAGAGCUGAGGGGCUUACCGUGCCGCGCGAUAUAAGGCGCGCGGAGAUGCUAGGGACAGAGGUGGGGCAUUGGUCACUCAUGGGGCGCCCUACGUGGCACAAAGGGAGACGGCUGAGCAGAAACCAAACAAACGGGAGGCGGUGGCGGUCUUCACCUGCUUCGACUGAGCAGGGUGCGCCAAAGGCUCACACGCUCGGGGCGUCUAGGCGGCGAGGGGUUUCUUUCCGCAUUUCUCCGCUCGCAGCUAUACUAUCGGCCGGGGCGAUGGCGCGAGGCCAUGAGGGACGCCGAGCGCAUCUGCAUAGAGACCACAGGGCGCCCCUGUGGGCUCUAUUCUGUUCCGCGGCUUGUGCCACAGUCAGGGCAACGCGCGUGGCAUCUUCUGGCCUUGUGCACAGUGCUCGCAGUCUGCACUUGCGUGAGGCGGUGACCAGUGUGGACCAUGCGGGAAAACCCGGACACCACUGGCGCGCGGAACCCUGGCCCAGGCGGUGGGCAGCGCUGGAUUUCUUUGCUGGGAUAGACUACCACCCGGGGCUGCCCUCUGUAGUACUAGUCAACUCGCCCUGCGCCGGGUUUCGUCGCUCCUACCCGUUUUGCUUAAUAUCCUUGGAAGAUUAUGGACAUUUCUAGCACAGAUGGGGUGCAUCUUCUCCCCCCCACUCGUUUCAGGCCGACGGCGGACGCGACGAUUGCAUCCGCAGAACAAAAAUGGGAAGAGGGGCAAGCACUUGCGAAGAAGUCAGUGGAACUGAGAGGACAGGCUGGAGAUAUCAUCAAGCUAAUUCCGCAAUAUCAUUAUGACAUAAAAAAGAUGAAGUAGACACACAUCAGUGUGAUUUUCCGACAGACAAUUCAUAUUGAUUACCAAAUGAGGAGGGUGGUUCAACGUGGUUGCAAGAGAACAUCUUCAAGUAGGAAAUGGAACAUCCCAAGAACUUCGAUGUCUAAUCCUUACACGCUGGUACUGUUGCUGCUGCACUAGCCGCACAGGCUGCGAACCCGGCUUUUAUGGCACCGCCGCAUAUCCUGCCACCGCCAGCACCGGACCCAAUGGCCUCGUGGGCCGGCCCCGAUCCAAUGGCGCAGUUUAGAAGGGCGCCUUGAGCUGUGACUGAGGUUAGGUGGUGUAAGAAGAUUUUAGGCUUUCAGGAUAGCGAGAUGAAAGAAAAUGGUCUAGUUGUGAGAAAAAAUGACAAAAUAGUUGUUUACGAAAAAGAUUUCCGUUACUUGUUACCGAUAAGCGUUACCUGUUACUGUUACAUCAAUACUCAAAGUCUGGAAUUAGACUGUUUCUGUUAACUACUGUUACUGUUACUACUUGCUAUCAAACCAGAGUCUUGGUCAAAAUAGAUUUUCUGUUACCUGUUACUGUUGCUUGCCGUAUUUGAGAAUUAUAUGCGUGUCAUUGCACGAUGCCUGCAAAGACGAGGUGCUGAGCUGACUCAGUAUAUCAAUAUCUGGUAGAAGUUUUAUACCACAAUUACGACUUCUCAAUGUACAGUUUGCUUGCAAAGGAAGAAGUGAAUCAAUACACAGCCAAGGCAUACCGAGUGCACGUUCUUCAGCACUAAUAAUAUCACCCGCGCAAAGCAUCCAAUACCGUUGUUGUCCGCUAGACGGCUUUUGUUGAAGUGGAUCUACGUUUACAAUGAAUGUGCAUGCAAAACGAG